AUGUGUCCACCUUGCGUGCCAAUUGUGCGCAUUCCGAUACUCGUCGUCUGUCGAAAGCAUCGUGACCUUACGAUGUGGCAAUACUUGUGGCUAGCGAACCUUGCUCUGGCUCUUCCAUCGCCGUACCUUUACCAACGAGGUGCCGCUGAAUGCCCAAUAGUUUUCGAUGGGCGUGUGCUGCAGAAUCUUUCUACCAACUCUUUCGAUCUCACCGACGUAUCGCCCUACAGCACGCAAUACGUCAAGGGCGAGAACUUGACGUGGAGCCAGAUUAUCUUCCUGCCAAACACUACAACUUCCCGUUUCGAUACGUUGGGCGUGCAUCGCUCGCUUGAAGUCACCAUCAACGACCAGUCACUCUUUCGCUCCGGGCAAGGAUUGCAGAACGGCUUUCGACGUGCGGGUUUGUUACUCAAGGAUGAUAAGAACGCAGCUGGAGCUGAUGCAGCGGAUCAGGGCGUGGUCACGUUCCACUGGAGCGUGAGACAAGACUUGAGCAAACCACUCAACCUGAGUCACGAGUAUAUGAAUGUGUGGCAUGAGAAGGCCGACUACAGCGGCAAUCAAUUUACUUUUGUUGGAGGAGUCGUGUUGCCCGUUGAUGGUGGAAGCGGUAUCGAUGCACCUGAGGAGAAGAACGCCUGGAGGAUCCAAAAUUCGAAGAACGAGUUUUUAUUCCGCACGCCGAUUCGGAACGAUGCGUGGCAGAAUUUUGCGAUACAAUUGGACUAUUUGAAUAAGUAUGACAAUCCCAUCCCCUUUUUGAUAAGGAUUCCAGAAAGUUAA